AUGAGCGGAAUCACGAACGCCUGUCUGUCCUGCUUCUCGACAGUUGACCGAUGGUGCCAUAUCUCAGCUUGUCUCGGCCCGAUCGGAGGCCGCUCAAGGGAUGGCAUUUAUGAAACCACCUUGGCAGACAACGAGCGCGAGGCAGUUUCCGAUCUUCUAGGUUACCUUGAAAACAGGACCGAGACCGACUUCUUCGCCGGUGAACCCCUUCGGGCCUUGAGCACCCUCGUCUAUUCCGAUAAUGUCGAUCUCCAACGGAGCGCCAGUCUGACAUUCGCUGAAAUCACGGAGAGAGAUGUGCGCGAGGUCGAUCGAGACACGUUGGAGCCCAUCCUCUUCUUGUUGCAGAGUUCGGACAUUGAAGUUCAACGUGCUGCCAGUGCAGCACUAGGCAACUUGGCUGUAAAUGCGGACAAUAAGGUGCUGAUCGUCGCUUUGGGAGGACUGGCUCCUCUAAUACGGCAGAUGAUGUCACCCAAUGUGGAAGUGCAAUGCAAUGCGGUCGGUUGCAUUACAAACUUGGCUACCCAUGAGGAUAAUAAGGCCAAGAUCGCUCGAUCCGGUGCCUUGGGCCCGUUGAUCCGUCUAGCGAAGUCGAAGGACAUGCGUGUACAACGAAAUGCCACGGGGGCGUUGCUGAAUAUGACACACUCGGAUGAUAACCGACAACAACUUGUCAACGCCGGCGCUAUCCCCGUCCUUGUUCAAUUGCUCUCCUCUCCCGAUGUGGAUGUACAAUACUACUGCACUACCGCCCUCAGUAACAUUGCUGUCGACUCGUCGAAUCGCAAGCGUCUGGCGCAAACCGAGUCCAGGCUGGUUCAAUCGCUGGUGCACCUGAUGGAUUCAUCAACACCCAAGGUCCAAUGCCAAGCGGCGUUGGCACUGCGCAACCUUGCCUCGGACGAGAAAUACCAGCUCGAAAUUGUUCGAGCCAAGGGUCUUCCACCCCUCUUGCGACUGCUGCAGUCAUCCUACCUUCCUCUCAUCCUAUCCGCCGUCGCAUGUAUUCGCAAUAUCUCCAUCCAUCCCCUGAACGAAUCGCCUAUCAUCGAUGCGGGCUUCCUCAAGCCCCUGGUGGACCUGCUGGGAUCGACCGAUAAUGAGGAGAUUCAGUGUCACGCCAUCUCGACCCUUCGGAACCUUGCCGCAAGCUCGGAUCGAAACAAGGAGCUGGUCCUGCAGGCCGGCGCUGUUCAGAAGUGCAAGGACCUCGUCCUCCGUGUGCCCCUCAGCGUUCAGUCGGAAAUGACUGCUGCGAUCGCGGUUCUGGCUCUGAGCGACGAGUUAAAACCGCAUCUCCUUAACCUGGGGGUGUUUGAUGUCCUGAUUCCUUUGACGGAAUCGGAAAGUAUCGAAGUGCAAGGGAACAGCGCUGCGGCGCUGGGAAAUCUUUCCUCUAAAGUGGGUGACUACUCCAUUUUUGUGCGUGAUUGGGCAGAUCCGAACGGAGGUAUUCACGGAUACCUCAACCGCUUCCUCGCCAGUGGCGACCCGACAUUCCAGCAUAUUGCCAUCUGGACUCUGCUUCAACUUCUGGAAUCCGAGGAUCAAAGACUCAUCGGAUAUAUCGCCAAGUCCGACGAUAUCGUUCAGAUGGUCAAGUCCAUCUCCGACAAGAAUAUCGAGUCGGAUGAGGAGGAUGCUGAAGACGGGGAAGGCGAGGUCAUUGCGCUGGCUCGGCGAUGCCUCGAAUUCCUUGGGAACGGUCACAAGCUUGUAGAAGCCUAA